GUGCAAUGUGGACGUGUAUAAAAAUGGAUAAAGUAAUAGUAUUACUUUUGGUUCUGAUUAACGCCAAUUCUACAGUGAGCAGAAAUCUCUUAAGCAGGCGAAAUGCAGAUCCCACAAAACAGAUAAAUUCAGGAGAAAACGACCGGAUGCUGACUGGUACGGGUACUGAAGCAAUGCAAUCGAGUACGGAUUCACUGCACGAGUUGCAUACAAAUAUACCAAGUAAUAGUAACACAGAGAAACAAGCAUUGAGACAAACUGAAAACUAUUUUGAAAAAAAGGCGACGACGUUUAGAACUACUAUUGAGGACACUCUGAGAGGGCUUUUGAAAAAGCAACUUCCUUUUGCCCACCCCGCUCCAGACCAAAUAGGCCAGCUGGACAGAGAUAUAAUGCUGCCAGUAACCGAACCGUUGUGGAAAUUUGAAGACUACGACGAUGCGGAGUCUAUAGAUCCAAAAAUCAAAGAGGAUUCCAAAACUUGCGAAGCGCAGAAGAUUAAUUGCGACAGAGAUACGGAUUAUAAUCAGCCAAUAUGCGUAAUAGACUUGACUAUGCCUGAAAAAGAGGGCGCCUUCAGGCAAAAAGGCUUCCAUAGUUUUUGUGAAGUGACAUACAGGAAUUGUCUAAAAAGAUACGAGUCAACCGGCAAAUAUUAUGCUGAGCAUUAUUCUGAAGACUACUUGGAGUUUUAUCACAAUGGCUGGUGUCAACGAUGUAAAACAUUCCAGUUAGAAAAGUGCUAGGAUCGGCCAAAUAAAUAAUAAGAAGUAAAUAAUAAUAAUACAUAUCUGGGGACAUCUUACACAAAUCAACCUAGCCCCAAACUAAGCAAAGCUUGUACUAUGGCUGUUAGGCGACGAUAUACGAGUACAUACUUAUAUAGAUAAAUACAUAAUAAUAUACAUAGAAUCGUAGUCAUGGCAAAAUCGAUGGAGGAACUCAGCAUGCUGCUCGAUGACCUCAACCGAGUUUCACAACGGGUGGGCUUGAAAAUGAACAUGGACAAGACGAAACUUAUGUCAAAUGCCAAUGUUGUGCCCAUCCCAGUCUCUGUUGGGAACUCGGUACUCGAAGUUGUUGACUCGUACAUCUACCUAGGACAAGUAGUCCAAUUAGGUAGGUCCAACUUCGAGAAAGAGGUCAACCGCCGAAUCCAACUCGGUUGGGCAGCGUUCGGGAAACUACGUAAUGUCUUUUCGUCCGACAUACCUCAGUGCCUCAAGAAGAAAGUCUUUAAUCAAUGUGUGUUACCAGUGAUGACUUACGGCUCCGAAACGUGGUCUUUCACUAUCGGCCUCAUCUCAAAACUCAAAGUCGCUCAACGAGCUAUGGAGAGGGCUAUGCUCGGAGUUUCUCUACGUGAUCGAAUCAGAAAUGAGGAGAUCCGUAGACGAACUAAAGUCACCGACAUAGCCCACCGGAUUAGCAAGCUGAAGUGGCAAUGGGCAGGCCACAUUGCACGCAGAGAAGAUGGCCGAUGGGGUCGAAAAGUGCUCGAGUGGAGACCACGGACUAGCAAGCCCAGCGUAGGCCGUCUACCCACAAGAUGGACAGACGAUCUUGUUAAGGUCGCCGGAAGACGCUGGAUGCGGGUCGCUUCCAACCGGCACGUAUGGAGGUCCAAGGGGGAGGCCUAUGUUCAGCAGUGGACGUCUUAUGGCUGAGAUGAUGAUGCUGAUGAUACAUAGAAUUGGUUGCAAUAAACCAUUAUGAUUAUAAAAACUUACUAACUUAGACUGUAACUUAUACAUAUUACUAAACAAAUUAGUGCUGCACUCAGGCGGCAGAUACGCCUUAAACAGUUUUUUGAGAAGUUUUUACUUUGACAUUGAUGCAUUAAGGCGGUUUGUUUACAGGUAGUCUACCGCGAAACGUGAAAAUCGAAAUUUCGUUACCUGCCUCUCUAUCGAUCGAAUAAACAAUAGUGAUAGAGAGGCAGAAACUGAACUUUUGAUUGUCGUGUUUCACGACAGGACUUGUGAAUCUUGUGAUUGAGUUAGUGAUGCCCUGUACGCAGAGUUUUGCGUAAUAUUCCUUAACCCUUUACCAGGCUAAGGUAUAUAUAUUUCCUUCACUUCACUUCAAACAUGCGUUCUAUUUCCGAUGAGUAAGACUAUUGUCAUUUCUGAAAUGUCAGCCUGGUAAAGGGUUAAUCUUAGACGAAUCGACGACGACCCGUCUGGCCUAGUGGGUAGUGACCCUGCCUGUGAAGCCGACGGUCCUGGGUUCAAAUCCUGGUAAGGGCAUUUAUUCGUGUGAUGAGCACAGAUAUUUGUUCCUGAGUCAUGGGUGUUUUCUAUGUAUUAAAGUAUUUAUAAAUAUUUAUA